AUGCCUCCAAAACCAGCUGCUGCUCCUGCUCCUACAAAAACCGUCGUGCCUGAAUCAGUCCUCAAGAAGAGGAAGACAACUGAGCGCAUCCUUGCUGAACGAAAUGCUGCUACCGUCGCAAAGAAGCAGGCCAACAAGACAAAACGUGAGGUCAUCUUCAAGCGUGCCGAACAAUUCGCAAAGGAAUACAGGGAUGCUGAAAUGACUGAAGUCAGAAUGAAGCGUGAAGCUAAACUCGCUGGAAGCUUCUAUGUACCUGCUGAACCCAAAUUGGCCUUGGUUAUUCGACUCAAGGGUAUCAACCACAUGGCUCCAAAGCCAAAGAAGAUCUUACAACUCAUGCGUCUCAACCAAAUCAACAAGGCUGUAUUUGUCAGACUCAACAAGGCUACAUUACAGAUGAUCAACUGGGUCGAACCUUUUGUCGCGUGGGGAUACCCAAACCUCAAAACCGUCCGUGAACUCAUCUACAAGCGUGGAUAUGCCAAAAUCAACAAACAACGCAUCCCAAUCCACGACAACUCAGUCAUUGAAGAAGCUUUGGGGAAAUUCGGAAUCAUCUGUAUGGAAGACUUGAUUCACGAAAUCGUCACUGUUGGUCCUCACUUUAAACAGGCUUCAAACUUUUUGUGGGCUUUUAAAUUGAGCAACCCAAAUGGUGGAUUCAAGGGUAAAAAAUCAGUACAUUAUGUCCAAGGUGGUGAAGGUGGUGGCCGUGAAGGUGCCAUCAACAAUCUAGUGCAACGAAUGAUUUGA